CAAAUAACAAUACUGUUGUGGGUGAUAGGCCCAGCUCCAGCUCAGCAUUGCUUAGGAGGCAGAGCAGGGCCAGGUAAAGGCCAGGACCCAUCCUCCCACCCCUCCAGCCCCUGCCCACCGCCCUGCAGCUGGACUUGCCCUCCUCCCUCCCCUCCCUCUGGGUCUCAGACCUGGCUGGCUGCACCGAGGUCUCUCAUGGCAGUGUCAGGACUCAAGGCUGUAUGAAGGCUAGGCCCUGGCUGCAGGGAGGGCGAGGGCCUCUCCUCACACCUGCCCUCUUCUCUGCACUGGGGGGUAUUUGCUUCUGUUGUUUUCAGUGAGAGAGAAUCCACCCCCACUUAACGGAUGAGGACAUUGAGGCUGGGGCGGCUCUUCAAAAGACCCCCAGCCCAAGUGUCCCUGCCACUGCGGCCUUCUCGGGGUUCUGGGUCUCUAAGCUGGGCCCUUGGGUGUCGUAUGGGGCACCUGGAGCCGCUGUCUCACCAGGACCACACAUCUGGGCCCUGGCCUCUCACCACCUGCGCAAGGCUCAGGUAGAACUCGGGAACGACAGACAGCUCAUCGAGGCCCCCCUGUAAGCAGUCAGGGAUCCCCCUGGCAGGCAGAGACCCUCCACAGCAGGCAGGCAGCAGGCCCUUUUGUUGUCGAACUUGCUGGGUCUGGCCCUGGAGAGCGUUCCCCACCCUGUGGUGGAGGCUGGAGCACCAGCCCAGGAACGGUCCGGCACCAUGUGCUAGGUCACUCCCAGCGCGAGGCCACACCUGCGCCGUCGAAGCAGCCCCUCCUCACUUCAGGGGUCACCCUCCCCAGCACCCAUUGCCCCACCAUGGCCGGGGACCAGCUCCCAAGGAAGGUGAUGGAUGCCAAGAAGCUGGCCAGCCUGCUGCGGGGCGGGCCUGGGGGGCCGCUGGUCAUCGACAGCCGCUCCUUCGUGGAGUACAACAGCUGGCAUGUGCUCAGCUCUGUCAACAUCUGCUGCUCCAAGCUGGUGAAGCGGCGGCUGCAGCAGGGCAAGGUGACCAUUGCGGAGCUCAUCCAGCCAGCUGCACGCAGCCAGGUGGAGGCCACGGAGCCACAGGACGUGGUGGUCUAUGACCAGAGCACGCGGGAUGCCAGCGUGCUGGCCGCAGACAGCUUCCUCUCCAUCCUGCUGAGCAAGCUGGACGGCUGCUUCGACAGUGUGGCCAUCCUCACUGGGGGCUUCGCCACCUUCUCCUCCUGCUUCCCCGGCCUCUGCGAGGGCAAGCCUGCUGCCCUGCUACCCAUGAGCCUCUCCCAGCCCUGCCUGCCUGUGCCCAGCGUGGGCCUGACCCGCAUCCUGCCUCACCUCUACCUGGGCUCGCAGAAAGACGUCCUAAACAAGGAUCUGAUGACGCAAAAUGGAAUAAGCUACGUCCUCAAUGCCAGCAACUCCUGCCCCAAGCCUGACUUCAUCUGCGAGAGCCGCUUCAUGAGGGUCCCCAUCAAUGACAACUACUGUGAAAAACUGCUGCCCUGGCUGGAUAAGUCCAUCGAGUUCAUUGAUAAAGCCAAGCUCUCCAGCUGCCAAGUCAUUGUCCACUGUCUGGCUGGCAUCUCCCGCUCUGCCACCAUCGCCAUCGCCUACAUCAUGAAGACCAUGGGCAUGUCCUCUGACGACGCCUACAGGUUCGUGAAGGACAGGCGCCCGUCUAUCUCGCCCAACUUCAACUUCCUGGGCCAGCUGCUGGAGUACGAGCGCAGCCUGAAGCUGCUGGCCGCCCUGCAGGGCGACCCGGGCACCCCCUCAGGGACGCCGGAGCCUCUGCCCAGUCCUGCCGCCGGGGCCCCGCUGCCACGGCUGCCACCAUCUACCUCAGAGAGCGCUGCCACAGGGAAUGCGGCUGCCAGAGAGGGCGGCCCGAGCGCGGGCGGGGAGUCCCCCGCGCCCCCCACGCCCCCGGCGACCAGCGCGCUGCAGCAGGGCCUGCGCGGCCUGCACCUCUCCUCGGACCGCCUGCAGGACACUAACCGCCUCAAGCGCUCCUUCUCCCUGGACAUCAAGUCGGCCUACGCCCCUAGCAGGCGGCCCGACGGCCCCGGGCCCCCUGACCCCGGCGAGGCCCCGAAGCUCUGCAAGCUGGACAGCCCGUCGGGGGCCGCGCUGGGCCUGCCCUCGCCCAGCCCAGACAGCCCGGACGCCGCGCCCGAGGGACGCCCAAGGCCCCGCCGGCGGCCCCGGCCCCCCGCCGGCUCCCCCGCGCGCUCCCCGGCGCACAGCCUCGGCCUGAACUUCGGCGACGCGGCCCGGCAGACUCCGCGGCACGGCCUCUCCGCCCUGUCGGCACCUGGGCUGCCCGGCCCUGGCCAGCCGGCCGGCCCCGGGGCCUGGGCACCGCCGCUCGACUCCCCGGGCACGCCAUCGCCCGACGGGCCCUGGUGCUUCAGCCCCGAGGGCGCACAGGGGGCGGGCGGGGUGCUGUUUGCGCCGUUCGGCCGGGCGGGCGCCCCGGGACCAGGCGGCGGCAGCGACCUGCGGCGGCGGGAGGCUGCGAGGGCUGAGCCCCGGGACGCGCGGACCGGCUGGCCCGAGGAGCCGGCCCCGGAGACGCAGUUCAAGCGUCGCAGCUGCCAGAUGGAGUUUGAGGAGGGCAUGGUGGAGGGGCGUGCACGCGGCGAGGAGCUGGCCGCCCUGGGCAAGCAGGCGAGCUUCUCGGGCAGCGUGGAGGUCAUUGAAGUGUCCUGACCCCUCUGCUACCCUCGGCUCCGCUGCCCGCAGCCAGGCCCGUUAUAAAUAUAUAUUAUAUAUAAUGCUAAGAAAGGUAAAUGGUUUUACCGGGAUUUUUAUCGAGAAGUAAAUAUUUCGAUUUUUUAUUUAUUUAAGCUGUUCAUUCUGGCAAUGAUUUGGCAACAGUGCGGGUGGUCCUCGAGCUCUAUUUUUACUGUCUGGUAUUUAAACUGAAACAUACGUUUCUAAGCAAUACGAGGCCACCUUCAGUCGCAAGCUGGGUGCCAGGCCUGGGGCCCCUCCCAGUUCCCCCGCCCCAGGAAACACUGCUGACCUUUGCAAAGGCUGCCGAGCUUUCGUGCACUUUUUACAUAAGAAAAAGGU